AGAACAGGUGUGGGUGACACUACUGGGAGACAGAGGGAGGGAAACCAGUUAACAAGGGAAGACACAGAACUGAAGGUGAACAGAAAUCCAGACCAGAGGAACCAUGCAGAAGUCAAACGUGUGUGUGUGAUGUGUGUGUGAUGAGGAAGAGGAACCUUCUGCUUCUUCUUCCUGAAGAACAAACAUGAUGUUUUGUUCAGUCGUUGCUUUAAAAGUGUCUGCAGCAGCUUCUGUUUUCCAACAUUUAACGAUGGCUAUGGAACUCACUUCAGGUUGUAUUUAUGAAAACUCUGUCCAGAAAACCAGAAAAGGAGCAGAUGUGGACGCCUCUCCAGGAGAGAUUUAUGAAAACCCGCUGGUGUUUCAAAAAGAGGAAAAAGCAGACAUGACGACUAAUCCUGGAGAAAAACCUGAAGAACGUGUCUCUACUGCAACAAAAGUUCAAGCAGCGGUGAAAUCUCGCAUCACUCUGGUGUGUUUGGGGAAACUUUUUCUUCUGGUGGUGGUGGUGGUGCUCGUUGUCCUCCUGGUCAAUAUAACCAUGGUGAUGAAGAAACAGGAAGCAAUCAUCAGUGACCUCGCAGCCAAAAAUAAGCAUUUGAUUCUGGGAAACAGAAACCUGACAAAUCCGACCGAGCAACUUCUGGUGGAGAACAAAGUCCUACAGAACCAGACCGAGCAACUUCUGGUGGAGAAAAAAAUCCUAGAGAACCAGACCGAGCAACUUCUGGUGGAGAACAAAGUCCUAGAGAAUCGGACCAAGCAGCUUCUGGUGGAGAACAAAGUCCUACAGAACCAGACCGAGCAACUUCUGGUGGAGAAAAAAAUCCUAGAGAACCAGACCGAGCAACUUCUGGUGGAGAACAAAGUCCUAGAGAACCAGACCGAGCAACUUCUGGUGGAGAACAAAGUCCUGCAAAAUCAGACCAAGCAACUUCUGGUGGACAACAAAGUCCUAGAGAAUCGGACUAAGCAACAUCUGGUGGAGAAAAAAAUCCUAGAGAACCAGACCGAGCAGCUUCUGAUGGAGAACAAAGUCCUGCAAAAUAAGACCAAGCAACUUCUGGUGGAGAACAAAGUCCUAGAGAAUCGGACCAAGCAACAUCUGGUGCAGAACAAAGUCCUAGAGAACCAGACCGAGCAACUUCUGGUGGAGAAAAAAAUCCUAGAGAACCAGACCGAGCAGCUUCUGGUGGAGAACAAAGUCCUAGAGAAUCGGACCAAGCAGCUUCUGAUGGAGAACAAAGUCCCGCAGAAUCAGACCAAGCAACAUCUGGUGCAGAACAAAGUCCAAGAAAACCAGACCGAGCAACCUCUGGGGGAGAACAAAGUCCUAGAGAAUCGGACCAAGCAACAUCUGGUGCAGAACAAAGUCCUAGAGAACCAGACCGAGCAACUUCUGGUGGAGAAAACAAUCCUAGAGAACCAGACCGAGCAGCUUCUGGUGGAGAACAAAGUCCUAGAGAAUCGGACCAAGCAGCUUCUGAUGGAGAACAAAGUCCUGCAGAAUCAGACCAAGCAACAUCUGGUGCAGAACAAAGUCCAAGAAAACCAGACCGAGCAACCUCUGGGGGAGAACAAAGUCCUAGAGAAUCGGACCAAGCAGCUUCUGAUGGAGAACAAAGUCCUGCAGAAUCAGACCAAGCAACAUCUGGUGCAGAACAAAGUCCUAGAGAACCAGACCGAGCAACUUCUGGUGGAGAAAAAAAUCCUAGAGAACCAGACCGAGCAACCUCUGGUGGAGAACAAAGUUCUAGAGAAUCGGACCGAGCAACUUCUGCUGGAGAACAAAGUCCUACAGAACCAGACUGAGCAACUUCUGGUGGAGAAGAGAAGCCUAAGUGAGCAGACUAAGCAGCUGAUGGAAAAGACCAGAAUCCUAGAGAAUAAAACUGCAGAGAUGAGAAAAGAAAGAGACAACCUCAACUGGACUCUGGAGGUCAUCCUGACAUUUGAGAACUUUCCAGUGAAAGACUUUUGUCCCCAAAGAAAGUGUAAGCCCUGUCUGGAUGGUUGGAUUAUGUUGAAGAAAAGCUGCUACCUGUUUAACUAUGAAUCCUCUCCAUGGAAGACUUGGGAACAAAGUCGACAGUAUUGCAGAACCAAAGGUGCAGAUCUGGUUGUUAUUGACAGUCUGGAAGAACAGAAAUUUGUAAGUAAUCGCUCCAGUUACUACCUUGACAAGUGGCAUGGAUACUGGUUGGGGUUACGAGAAGUUAACAGUAACUGGACCUGGGUUGAUGGACGCAUUGAUACUCUGAAGUACUGGAUUAAUGGGAUUUAUGGUACUCCAGGUCCAUAUGCUCUGCUGAUCCCUCAGAAGAAUUACAGUGAGAACUGGGACCCAGCAGAGAAUAAGUUUGAGAACCGGUUUAUCUGUGAGCGUGACGUCCUGAUAAGAUCAGAUUAAUUAACACUGUAUCUCUUCUCUUUGUGUUGCACAUGUUUGAAUUAUCAAUGUCUGAAUAUUAAGAACAGUUAUAAAAACAUGAUUUUAUUUCCUUUCUGUUGGAAACUUUAUGAUUUCUCCAUAUUUCUAAUAUUCCUUCCCUCUCCAUGAAAGCAGAGCUUUAGGAAGAACUUUACAGCUUUCCCUGACAGAGGGCCCUAUCACUGCCAAUAACUGUAAAUACAGAAUUAUCUCAAAUAGUUUUAAGUGAAUUUGUUCAUGAUGUUAAGCUCAGUGUCAGAAACAGAUCAGCAGCUGGAUGGAAUGCUCUGAUCUGCAUGUCAUUUUCUUUUCAUGCAGACCAACGAUGAGAAUAUAAAUGAUUUUAUCUGAGCUGGCAUCCCAUGGUGGCAUCACCAGUGGACAGUGGGCUGACAAUGUUUUCAGGCAGUUGCUGCAGCAUCUGACAGUAACUGGAAGCAUUGAGUGAAUGUCAUGAGAAACAGGGCAGCAUUGCUGGAGGUUGAUGUAGUUUAACCAGUGUCACAUCGGUCCUUGUUUAUCCAAAACUGAUGCAGAUUAUGGUGCAAAAUUUAUCAUAGAUUAGAUCCUUCAGGUCCUUCAGACUGUGGAGAUAUAUUAUGUGUGUGCAUUAAUUAUUAUUAUGUUCAUAAAAAGUGUGGGACAUGAAAUGUAUAACCUGUGUUAGUAUAAGACAUUGUGGCCUGCAGAAUUGUUGUUGCACAAACUUGGCCUUGAGUGUGAUGAAGCAGAAAAUACUGAAGAACUGCAUGUGUGGGAAAAUUAGUGAUAAUGCAACUACAGAGUUACUCCCUGCUUAUAUCAGUAGAUACGAGAUGCAGCUGUGAGACCGGAACAUGUCCUAAUAUGGUAGGCAGGAAAAUGUGUGUAACGUGACUACAUGUGUGAAAAACCUGUGGACAGGGCGCUGCCUAUUUUCAUGUGUGUUUUCAAUAAAAGCAAUGGCCCCAGUGAGAAGUUCUGAAGUCGUCUCGGUGUGUGUUGUGUUACCACAUGUGAGAGCUUCCUGGUCCAGGUAUUUGAAUAACAUA